CCUGGUGUUGUUCCUAUUGUUUAAUAUGGCAGUUUAUCCAAACGGUCACAUUUCUUGUGUAAAAGUGGAAAAUUCUAGUACGCGUAUGUUAUAACAGCGAUAAUCAAGUGAAAAUCCAGAGAUUUUCAGUUUAAGUUAUAAAAAUUCCUAUUCCGAGCAUCAUGGCUAAAACGAUGAACAACGUACACUUUGCAAACGGUUUCCACCAGAACGGCGAUUCGUCGUCGGAGGUGAGCCCCACGCAAGAGGAGAUGCACGACCUGGAGGAGACCGACGAGCCGGAGCUCUACCUGGAGUACGCGGACGAGACGCACCAAGCCAGCACUCUCUCUUCGCUGAACAAGAUGCGAAAAAACCGUCAUUUCUGUGACGUCAUUCUUCACGUUGGGAACAUUGAGGUCCACGCCCAUAGAGCAGUUCUAGCCAGCGCAUCUCCAUACCUAUUUGAGUUGUUUUCCAAUGACCAAGACAACAAAAGACUCGAAAAUGUUAUCACCUACACGCUUAAUGGCGGGUUCGACCAAAUUGCCUUUUCCAUUUUGGUGGACUAUGCCUACACAGCAAAACUUGUUUGCAAAUAUAGUCAGGUUAAAGCUGUAUUUUUGGCUGCAAAUCAUUUAAAAAUUGAACGAGUCACAAGAAUAUGCGCCCAACAUCUCAUGAAACAUUUAUCAGCUGAAAACUGCAUUGAGAUAAGAUCGCUUCCUGGCAUAGCGAGAAAUAAAGAGUUCAUUCAACAGGUUGACUCUUACAUCGACAAAGAAUUUGCAAACGUUAGUAAAAUCAACACGUUGUUGAAUUUGUUCUGCGCCAGGAUUGAAGUUUUGAAUCAGUCCAAGGAGGAAAUGUCCUUUGUGAACAGAAACUCUCUAUGCAGACUCGUUUUGGAGUGGAUUAAAAGACAGAAAACCGAUGAGAACAUCAACAUGGAUGUGCUCUUUGAAAAAACUUUUAUGCUGUAUCUUGCUAUCGAUAACUCCUUACAAGAUUGCCUUAUUUUGCCAGCCGGAGAUAUCAGUGAUACUGAAAUAGUACAAGAUUAUAAAAAAAUGUCGUUGAAAAAUACUCAGAGUAACGGCAAACUCAAACGUAAACCAUUGCAGCAACCUUCAAAGCCAAGAGUACUGAUUUAUAACCGCGAAAUCGGUGAAGAGCUCGAAUAUGAAGUCGAGCCAGACUGGAAACUCAUAUCAUCUGUAAACGUUGACGAGAACUGUUUUCUUGCUCUGGUUACUCUUGGUGGAAAAUUAUGCACCCUUUCCAUUCAACUAAGACUGAAUACCCCUUCGACUCCAUCCCCAGUUCAAACUCCAGACGCAAGCAGAUCUGUGAGCGAAGAAAAACCCGACUUGUACUGCGCAGUAGCAAAUAUGUCUUGCCAGAGAUGCGCAGUAGGUUGUGGAAACUAUUUUAACACCCUAUUAGUGUGCGGUGGUUAUGACAGAACAGAAUGCCUACGUUCCGUAGAACAAUACAACCCCGAUACAAACACAUGGAAAAACUUACCGCAAAUGCGCGAAAGCCGCGGACGAUUCAAAAUCGCCGUCGUUUCGGACAAAGUCUAUGCGAUCGGUGGCAGCAACGGAACUACAGAGCUGGACUCGGUCGAGGUUCUUGACAUGGCCGUCGGUAAAUGGACGAAAGCCCCGAAAUUACCCCUCGCCAGGAGUAACAUGGGCGUUUGCACUCUGAACGACUUGAUUUAUUGCAUUGGAGGUUGGAACGGCCAAGUCGGAAUCAAGCAGUGCGAUGUUUAUGACCCAGCGACGUCCACUUGGGGUUCUAUGGCACCAUUAAAUACAGGGCGCUACCAAGCCGGCGUGGCGGCCUACAAGAACUUCGUCUACGCCUUAGGCGGCUGCGACGCGUGGAACUGUCUAAAUUCAGUGGAAGUCUACGAUCCGGAGAAGGAAUCUUGGUCGUUGUCGAAACCCUUCAACACCGCACGUCGUGGUUGCGGCGCUGCCGUUUUCAACAACAAAUUGUACGUUAUCGGCGGAUCGGACGGUUCGCAUUCCCUCAACACUACCGAGAUUUUCGAUGAAGAGACUCAGAACUGGACUGUAGGACCUACCAUGACCACGCCUAGGGCUAAUGUCGAAGUUGCCGUGGUUGGGGAUAGAUUGUAUGCAGUAGGAGGAUUCUCAGGUAAAAACUUCUUAAACACAAUCGAAUACUUGGACGCCAAAUCCAACGAAUGGACCACGUUCAUUCCCAAAGGCACCUGCGACUUCAUACAAGUGCGCAGAAAGCCGCGCAGCAGGAAAAACUCGAGGAAAAGCAUAUCGGAAGACAAGAGCAGCACUAAACAAAACGGCAACGUCGCGACGUCUCCCAGCGUUGACAUAUCGGAACCCACCUCGGCGGCGGAAGCAUCCGAUUAAACGCGUUGUGCAAAUUUAUGGUAUUUUGGGGUCGAAAAUUAACUGAAAUUUGCAUUUCCAAGGCGCCUAAACGAGGAGACCUUGACAUACUAUAUUAUGUAAUUUUCGACCUUGCAUUGAUAUAACCUACAUAAAUAGAUAAAGUAUUAUAUUCAUAUACAUAAUUUAGGAGGAUCGCCUUUAAAUUUGUCCCGCGAUCUAAAAAUGGGACCAAUUUAAUUGCAACAAAAGUCAGCCAUUCUCUCAUCGUUACUUGUUAUGUUUGUAGUGCUGUUACAUUUUAAAUAGAAUAUUUAAUGGUAUAUUGUGCACUUAGAAGUCUAAAUAUCCUUUGCAAGUGCUGUGGAAUUGUUAACUCGAUUGUUUAACUUAAAGACCUAUUUUAAAUUCCUUUUUUGUGGUUACUUUUUGUCUUGGUUUUAAAAAUUAAUUUAUUUAGCAAGCACAAUUGCCAUUACUUGUCUUGUGAUUAAAUGUAAGAUAUAUUAAAACAUAAAGCUUUGAAAAUAAAGUAAUAAUAGUUAAAUCUACACAUACUCUACAAUAUACAUUUUAUUCUAGUGUGUAGAUUUUGCUUUUACAUUUUAAAUAUGAAAAAUAGCUUUGUUUGCAGAGCUAAUGCAAAUAAUAUAAUUAAAAAUAUUCUGUAAACAAACCUAUAGAAAAUAAAUGUACUAAAUUUUCAUUUAAAAUGUCAUGUAUCUCAUUUCAUAAAUGCUAAGUUAGUGUUUAAUGAUUUUGUUUGCUCAUUUUAAUAUUAAUUCGCAAUGCAGUUUUAUAUGUGUAUAUUGAG